UUUAGAGGCCCAAAGGGGCCAAGGGGUUUACCUGGAUACAAAGGGGAAAAGGGGUCCCGAGGUGAUCGUGGUGAGCUUGGACUUAGAGGAGACAAGGGCGCCAUGGGUUUCCCAGGAAUGCUUGGACAAAAGGGUGAAAUGGGUCCAAAAGGAGAGCCUGGAAUCUCAGGAAACAGAGGACCGACCGGCCGACCUGGAAAGAGAGGAAAACAGGGACAGAAAGGAGAUCUUGGAAAAACUGGACCUAUCGGACCUGCAGGUCCUCAGGGAUCUCCUGGUCACCCCGGACCUCCUGGUUUACCUGCUGCAGGCCUCUACAUGGUUGGAGCAAAAGGGGCUCGAGGUCCACCGGGUCCUCCUGGGAACUGUGGCUGCAGCUCCCUCAGUACUUCACCGUUUGAUGACUACGCCAACACAGGAAGCUAUCCCAAAGUGCCUGUGAUAUUUGUGGUGAGUAAUGAGGAAGAACUGGAGCGCCUUCACACCGACAACGCCCUCGCAUUCCGAAAAGACCAGAAAACGCUCUAUUUCAAAGACGUCGACGGCUGGCUGCCAAUCCAGACCUUUCCAUUCCAGAUGACGCCCUUCCAGUCCAUGGAAAACGCACCUGACGACGAAGGUUACUGUGGUGACGGGAUAGUGCAGAUCCGCAACGGGGAGGAGUGUGACGACCGGAACAGAGUUGUCACAGACGGCUGUGUCAAGUGUAAACAUGCUUACUGUGGAGACGGAUACCGCUAUGAAGGGGCUGAAGAGUGUGAUGGAAAAGACUUUGGAUACCAAACGUGUAACUCAUAUCUUCCAGGGUCUUAUGGUUUCCUCAAGUGCACACCGUACUGUGUUAUUGACUCCACAAACUGCAAAUUCUUCACUUGAGGAGGGAAUCUGGAUUGUGCAGCUGGAUCCUUCGUGUAAUGCUGCUCGACGCGUGAUGGGACUGUUUUCAUGCAAACGACGGGGAAAAUAAUAAUAAUUAAAAAACAUAACACGAAAAAUGCCCUGAAAAAGCAAAAGACUCUGCAGGAAGAAGCGACAAAUGUUCUACUGAAAAGAACAAAAAAAAAAAAAAAAAAUGAAAAAAAAUGAAAAAAUGAACACAUAACUCAUCUGUUUUUCUGCGGAGACGCCCUCCCGGUGGCGAAGGCGUCAGGAGCGUGCGGGGACAGCUGCACUCCGUCUUAACGAGCAGGACUUCGACAGGCCGCACUGGACUGGAGCCAAACCUUCUGAAUGCGACGGCCGCGCAGGCCUACUUAAGAGACACUGCGUUGUGUUCCAGAGAAGCGGCAGCUGGAGCAGAAGCGCAUUUAUCCUGACCUGGUUACCGCAACAAAAGAAACA